UAUGAGUUCAAGUAAAGUAUGGAAAAUGAAUAAGAAACAAGAUAAUUGACCAGUACAAAUUCUCUCUCUCUCUCUUUCUUUUUGAUAGACUUGAAAAUAGCUUGUGUUAUGGUUGGUUUACCAGCAAGAGGCAAGACCUAUAUCUCUCAAAAAGUGUGUCGAUAUUUAACAUGGUUGGGUAUCAAGACAAAAGUAUUCAAUGUUGGAAACUAUCGUCGCCAGCUCCAUGGAGCCAAUUUACCACACACAUUUUUUGAUCCACACAACUCAAUAGGCGAACAACAACGACGUGAAGCAGCAGCAGCAGCCUUAGAAGACAUGAUACGUUGGUUUAAUGAAGAUCAAGGGAUUGUUGCUAUUUAUGAUGCUACCAAUUCAACCAAGGCAAGACGUAAAUGGUUAUGUCAGAAAUUGGGUGAAGAAGACAUUCAGGUGCUCUUUAUUGAGUCUAUCUGUCAGGAUGAAGCCUUGAUUUUGGCGAAUAUUAAAGACGUCAAACUCAGUUCGCCUGAUUAUGCGGCCAUGAAUCCUGAUGAAGCAGCCAUUGAUUUUAGAGCGCGUAUUGAUCAUUAUAAGGAGCAAUAUGAAACCAUUACUGAACAAGAAUUGACGUAUAUCAAGCUUAUCAAUGUCGGUAGUCAGAAUAUCAUUAAUCAAAUUCAAGGCUAUCUUGAAUCACGUAUUGUGUAUUAUCUGAUGAACCUUCAUAUUGCACCUCGAAAGAUUUAUUUCAGUAGACAUGGUGAAUCACAGUUUAAUCUAUUGGGCAAAAUUGGCGGUGACUCAAACCUAUCAGAAAGAGGUCGCCUCUAUGCUAGUAAAUUGCCUGAAUUGAUCAAGACAAAUUUGGGUGAUCAGAGUCUGACUGUCUGGACUUCAACCAUGAAAAGAACGAUUGAGACAAGCGAACAACUCGAUUACCCUAAACUUCAAUGGAAGGCUCUAGAUGAAUUAGAUGCUGGUGUGUGUGAUGGUAUGACUUAUGAAGAAAUAGAACAAGAAUAUCCUGAAGACUUUGCCAACCGUGAUGAAGACAAGUUCAAUUACAGAUACAGAGGAGGAGAAUCUUAUGGUGAUGUUGUCCUAAGAUUAGAACCAGUGAUUAUGGAACUAGAAAGACAUGAGAAUAUCCUUAUCAUUGGCCAUCAAGCCAUUCUUCGCUGUAUUUAUGCUUAUUUUAUGAACUAUAGUCAUGAAGAUUUGCCUUAUAUCAAAAUCCCACUUCAUACAGUGAUAGAAUUGACACCUAAAGCCUAUGGCUGUGAAGAAAAGAGAUUUAAAGUUGACAUAGAAGCAGUAGAUACACAUCGCCCUAAAGUAAAGCGAUCUACUUCUAUAAGGAAAUUAAGACCUUCUCUCAAGAUGCCUGCAGUGGGUGCAAGUGGUGAAAUCGUAAGGGAUCCCAUGAGUCCAAUUAUCCCUAUCAGUCCACAACUGUUCCCUAAAUCUUCUACUUCUACUGCGGCAACUCCUAAAACACCGUUAACCAAGCUUGAUUUAGGUGAUGCUUAUUUAUCUUGAUAGUGAUAAUGAGAAAAAUAAUAAUAAAAAACAACCAGCGUUCUUUUAAUUAUUAA